AUGGCCGUCUCUCGAGCUGCCGCUGCCGUGGAGAAGGUGGUUGGGCAUGAUGAUACUGCAGUAUUCACCACGGACGUGAGUAAUUAUGCGAAGAAGGACUACGGCGAGGAAACAGAUACCAGAAUCAAGGCAACGACCUGGCAGGGGAAGAACAGUGUCGAAGUUGUUGAGAUGCCGAAGCCGAGAGUUAUCGAUGAGGGUGAUGUAAUUGUGCAAGUCACAGGUAGCACGAUCUGUGGAAGUGACCUGCAUCUCUAUCAUGGUGUUAUUCCUGAGGUAGAAAAGGGCGAUGUCCUCGGACAUGAGUUCUGUGGUGUAGUGGACAGUGUGGGACCGGGUGUCAAGAAUGUUAAAGUCGGCGACCGUGUUGUCGCUUCCUUCCCAAUUGCUUGUGGAGAUUGCAUGAACUGCAAGAAGGGAUUGACUUCCGCUUGUGAGCGGACAAAUUCGAGUACCCUUGCCAAUGCCCUCUACGGAAAACGGACAGCCGGGAUCUUUGGAUACAGCCAUUUCACUUCUGGCUUUGCGGGAGGGCAGGCGGAGUAUGUUCGUGUUCCUGGAGGAGAUGUCAAUCUGUUGCAGCUUCCUCCCGAUGUCCCAGAUGAAAAGGGACUUUAUCUCUCGGAUGUUAUUGCUACGUCGUACCACUGUGUUGUCGACACGGGCGUGCAGGAAGGGGAUGUCGUUGCCAUUUGGGGCGCCGGCCCAAUCGGCCAGAUGUGUGUCAAGUUUAGCUUCGACCAGGGAGCCAGCCGAGUGAUCUUGAUUGACGGCGGAGAAGGAGCCUGGAGACUUGAUUUUGUCAAGUCUAAGAUCCCCAAGGUAGAGACGUUGGACUUUACCAGGCUGCCGCGCGGAGAGUCGGUGACCUCACAGUUGAAGAAAAUGGUGCAUGGUGGACCGGAUGUGGCUCUAGAAUGUGCUGCUGGCGAAUAUGCCAAGGGAUGGCUGCACUACUUCGAAACUCUUCUGGGAAUGGAGACGGACACAUCAGAGCUGUUGAACGAGAUGAUCACGUCGGUUCGCCCCUUUGGGCGGGUCGGCGUCACUGGUAUUUAUGCUGGCUUUACAAACCACUUCAACAUUGGUGCCCUCAUGCAGACGGGUGUCCGAUUCAUUGGCAAUGGGCAGGCUCCCGUGCACAAGUAUUGGAAGCAUCUCUUGGAACUGAUUCAGCGUGGCGAGAUUGAUCCCUUGGACAUGGUCACGCACCGCGUACGAUUGGAAGAUAUGGAGGAGGUAUAUGCAUUGUUUGACAAGCGCGAAAAGGGCAUGCAAAAGGUCUUUGUACAAACCAGAUUCUCGGCGUCCCCAGCGCCAGGAUCCCCGUGUUUGACAGAAUUAUGA